GUCGGAGUUAAUUACAACGGAAAUCAAGUUAUACCUACUUAAACUAGCAUGGCGAACCAAGACCAGGAUGCACGUAAAUCUCUCCAGCAGUACAUUCUGCAACGACUUCAUGAUCGUUUGGUUCAUGUCUUGGAGAGACAGCCACUGAACAUGGAUUACCUUCACUUCAUUUGCAGACAGGAGCUGGUGGUUAUUAGUGCCUUGGAUGAAAUUCUACAUAUUCCAGAAGAUGUCAUGACAGCCCUUUCAAGUCUAAGCAAGCUCAUACAGCGUCAGAGAGAUAUCGAGGAGGUAUCUGUCACAGUGAUGUUGGAAACAGGACGUGGACGCCCAAGAAUUUCCAUUUCAGAAACCACUCUUGCCCAUCUAAUAGAACUCGGGCUGCCAGUCAAGUCUAUCGCAGAGCUACUGGGUGUGUCUCGUGCUACGCUGUUCAGGAGGAUGACUGAAAACGGUUUAUCUGUGAGAGCUAUGUACAGUACAUGUACAGAUGAAGAGCUUGAUGCUCUUAUCACAGAGAUUAAGAGAUCUUUGCCAGAUGCAGGAUAUCGUAUGGUUCGAGGGUCUCUACUGGCACAGGGGCACCGGGUACAGUUUGAUAGGGUGUGUGCAUCCAUGCAUCGUGUAGACAGUGUCGGUAUUCUCUCCAGGAUGACCAACCUGCGAUGUAUUGCUCGCAAAACAUACUGUGUUCCUCACCCCAACUACAUGGUGCACGUAGACACCAACCAUAAACUCAUCAGGUACAACUUGGUUAUCUUUGGUGGAAUAGAUAGUUAUUCAAGAAAGAUUAUGUACCUAAAGGUUUCAAACAACAACCACUCCGACACCCAUUUGGCAUUUUUCAGAGAGGCUGUGAAUACACACGGGUUUCCACAGAGAGUAAGAGGCGAUCAUGGAGGUGAAAAUGUGGGGAUUGCAGAACUCAUGUUUUCAGUUCGUGGCACUGAUGACAACAGCUUCAUUGCUGGCAAAAGUGUUCACAAUCAGAGAAUAGAACGUCUCUGGCGUGAUGUAUUUAUAGGUGUGACAAGUGUCUACUACAACAUUUUGCACUCGUUGGAGGACAAUCACCUGCUGGAUAUAAGCAACUCCUUGCAUUUAUUCUCCUGCCAUUAUGUGUUCCUGCCGCGCAUCCAGGCCAGCCUGGAUGCCUUUUGUGAGGGUUGGGACAACCAUCCCAUUAGGACAAAACACAAUUUGACACCCAAUCAGCUGUCGCAAGUGAGCCAGUUGCAGAAUCCAGUUUUGGAUCCAGAGCAUGUUGCCAUACCAAACAUUGAAUGGGAGUACAGCGGAUACUCUGAGGACCCAACUCUUGGUGUGCAUGUUCCGGUGCUUGACAUUCCAUUAACGGACAAUGAAAUAGCAGAACUGCAAAAAGCCAUCGACCCAAUGCAGCAUUCUGAGUCUUUUGGAGUGGACAUCUAUCUUAGUGUUGUGCAAUAUGUUGACAGAUUACAUUAAUCUGGGUCAAGUACCAUUUACCUUAUUGUACAACCUGCUUACUCUGCAUGUAUGGAGCUGCAUUUUGCAUGUUUACCCA